AUGAAUGGGAGCAUGGCUAGAAUCAACGGAAAUGGCACUAUUCCAACCCUACCAGUCGCCACCACACAACAACCAGCAGUAGCACACAAUCUAUAUCAGUAUAAGCUUCCUGAAACAAGGGACGAGUUGAAAAACUUGUUAAGUGAUUAUUUUAGGAUAUUGGCAGAGUCAAGAAGAUUUCAAGAGAAAAUCGAUGAGGCAGGUGAAAAACUUGCUUUUGAGUAUAAGGACCCAAAAUACAAUGAAAGGAAAGAAAUUGAAAAUUUGUUGAUGCAAAUAAGUUCUAGCCAAGAGGCAUUUGAACAGGAAGAAAAACAGUUUAUAGAUUGUUUAUUAGCGGAAAAAGAAGAAGAAGAAGAAAAGGAAGAAAAAGAAAAAGAAAAAGAAGAAGAAGAAGCAAAACAGGAACCUUCAACUGAAGAGAAAAAAUUGGAUAUGAACUUGUUUGAAAAACAAGUAGCGGGUUUUUACUUAUUGUCAAGGGAUUAUGAUUUACCCGAAUCAUUCCAAAAACAGUUUUUGGAAAAAUCACAACUGGAGCGUGAUCAAUUCACAAUUGAACAAAUUUUCAAUGAUAUUGUAAAUAUUGGUGGUUCUCUUUCAGAUUUUGAAACAAGAGCAAGUCUAGCUGGAGCAAUUUCGCAAAUAGACGUAUCCACAAAGGACCCAAAAUAUGCCUCGCUAGGGAAUUACUACAUUGAAAAGAUAAUCACUAAUAAAAUAUCACAAAGAUUGCAAGAAAUUGAAAGCACACCAGCAAAUCUAGGAACAUUUAAUGGCAAUGGACUCGACGAUCUCAAAAUCAAAGCUUUAAUUGAGCUAAAGGGGCUCCGAUUAUUAAGCUUUCAAAAACAACUCAAACACAAGAUAAUUUCACACAAGGCCCAACAAGUCAAGUAUUCACAUCCGAAUCUUAAAAAUUUACCAAUAUGUCUUCUGGAGAAGAGAUCUUUUAGUUUGAGGCCGAAAAUCGAACAACAAAACCCGCAGUUAUUAGCGGUUCAGUUGCAAGAAUUGAAAAAGCAAGAAGCCAAAGAAUUGAAACGUCAGUUACACAUUGCCAAAGUUGGUCAAAUCUUGAAUAGUUCGCUCGAAAGAAGUAAUAAGAAAUCUAUCCUUGACAAUUACCGAAGUUAUCACUUGUUUAAACAAAUCAAUUAUUACCAUCAAAUCAUUGAAAAAGAAGAGAGCAAGAAGUUGGAAAAAAAUGCCAAGCAAAGAUUACAAGCUUUGAAAGCAAAUGACGAAGAAGCGUAUCUCAAGUUAUUGGACGAAACUAAGGAUCAUAGAAUUACUCAUCUUUUGAAACAGACUAAUCAGUUCUUGGACUCUUUGACGGAACAAGUUAGAGCUCAACAAAACGAGGCAAAUGGAACAUUGGGAACGUCACGAAAUGGAAGUCCAGAGGCUCUUGCAACUCCGGCACUGGAAGAUGCUGAAGGAGAUAAUAAAAACAUUAAAGAGGAAUUACGUGAAAAUACAGAUUAUUAUGAAGUAGCACACAAAGUAAAGGAAAAAAUUGAAGAACAACCUUCUAUUUUGGUUGGCGGUAAGUUGAAAGAAUACCAAAUGAAAGGGUUGGAGUGGAUGGUUUCCCUUUAUAACAAUCAUUUGAAUGGUAUAUUAGCUGAUGAGAUGGGAUUAGGAAAGACAAUACAGUCUAUUUCCUUAAUUACUUACCUCAUUGAAAGGAAACACGAAUCUAAAUUUUUAGUCAUUGUGCCACUUUCAACAAUUACCAAUUGGACAUUAGAAUUUGAAAAAUGGGCUCCUUCAAUUAAGGUUAUAGUUUAUAAGGGAUCACAACAACAGCGGAAAUCAAUGCAGGCUGAAAUUAGGUAUGGUAGUUUCCAAGUUAUGCUUACUACAUACGAGUACGUUAUUAGAGAACGACCCUUGUUGUGCAAGUUCCAUUACUCCCAUAUGAUCAUCGAUGAAGGUCAUCGGAUGAAAAACACCAAUUCGAAAUUAUCUCAAACUUUAAGACAAUACUACAAGACUAAAAAUAGACUCAUUUUAACUGGUACGCCUUUGCAGAACAAUUUACCCGAGUUAUGGGCAUUGUUGAAUUUCGUUUUGCCCAAGAUAUUUAAUUCAGUAAAGUCUUUUGACGAAUGGUUCAAUACGCCAUUUGCCAAUACUGGUGCACAAGAGAAGAUUGAAUUGACUGAAGAAGAGUCUUUAUUGGUUAUUCGAAGGUUGCAUAAGGUUUUGAGACCAUUCUUGUUGAGAAGGUUGAAGAAGGAUGUGGAGAAGGAUUUGCCAGAUAAAGUUGAAAAAGUAUUGAAAUGUAAUUUAUCCGGAUUGCAAUAUGUUCUUUACCAGCAAAUGUUGAAACACAAUGCCUUGUUUGUUGGUGCUGAAGUUGGUGGUGCCAAAAGCGGUAUAAAGGGUUUGAAUAACAAGAUUAUGCAAUUGAGAAAAAUUUGUAAUCAUCCGUUUGUGUUUGAAGAGGUUGAAGUGGUGUUAAAUUCGCUGAAGUUGACUAAUGAAUUAAUAUGGAGAACAAGUGGUAAAUUUGAACUACUAGAUAGGAUCUUACCCAAAUUUAAAGUCAGUGGUCAUCGUGUUUUGAUGUUUUUUCAAAUGACACAAAUUAUGGAUAUCAUGGAAGAUUUUCUUCGGAUGAGAGAUAUGAAAUAUAUGAGAUUGGAUGGUUCAACAAAAGCUGAUGAACGUCAAGAUAUGUUGAAGGAGUUUAAUGCAGUAAAUUCGGAUUAUUUUUGCUUCCUUUUAUCCACACGUGCUGGUGGGUUAGGAUUGAAUUUGCAAACAGCUGAUACUGUUAUUAUAUUUGAUACUGAUUGGAAUCCUCAUCAAGAUUUACAAGCACAAGAUCGUGCUCAUCGAAUUGGUCAAAAAAAUGAGGUGCGAAUAUUGAGAUUGAUUACCAAUGAUUCAGUAGAGGAGAUGAUUUUAGAACGAGCACAUCAGAAGUUGGAAAUUGAUGGUAAAGUUAUUCAAGCUGGUAAAUUUGACAACAAGUCUACUGCAGAGGAACAAGAAGCGUUUUUAAAGAGAUUAUUGGAAGCAGAUGCCACUGGUGGUGAUGAUGACGAGAAUGACUCGUUGGACGAUGAGGAAUUGAAUGAAAUUUUAGCGAGAUCCGAUGAAGAAAAAAUAUUAUUUAAUGAAAUGGAUAGGAUCAGAAGAGCCGAAGAUCCAUAUGACGAGCAUAGGUUGAUUGAAAAGAAGGAAUUGCCUGAUAUUUUCACUGAAGAUAUUUCUCAUCAUUUUGAAAGGGAUGUAGCUGAGCUUGGAAGAAUGAGGGAAAAGAAACAGGUUAUGUAUGAUGACGGAUUAAGUGAAGCGCAAUGGUUGAAAGCAAUGGACGAUGAUAAUGAUUCUGUUGAAGCUGCCAUUCGUCGAAGAAUGUCAAGAAUCAAUAGUAGAAAGAGAAACAAGGCUAAAAGAGAAGGUCUUUUAAUUGAAGAUAUAAAUGAUGAGGAUGUAGGGGAGGAGGAUGAUGAAGAGUUUGAAGUUUCAAAUCAGCCUAGGAAAAGACAACGUCGCUCAAGAACUCCAGCAACAAGAGUUCAAGACGAUGCGAAAAGCGAUGAUUACUCAGCCUCCGAAAUGGAGCUUGAUGAAACUGAGCACAACAACAACAACAACAACAACAACAACAAUAACAAUAAUAAUAAUGAUGAUGAUGAGAAUAUUGAUUCAGAUGGACUUGAAGUUAAGUGCAUGCAGGUUUUAAAUGAAAUUCUCGAAUUAAGAGAUGAAAACGACGGCCAUAACAUCAGUGACAUUUUUCUCAAAUUGCCUUCAAAAAAACUAUACCCCGACUACUAUACAAUCAUUACCCAACCCAUUGCAAUUAACCAAAUCAAGAAAAAAGUUGAGCAAGAAGGCUAUUCCUCAUUCAAGGAAUUUAUUGAUGACUUGAGACAGAUGUGCUUGAAUGCAAAGACGUAUAACGAAGAAGGGUCAUUUGUCUAUUCCGAUGCUGUGGUGAUUGAAAAUUUGAUCAAGAGAAGAUGA